AAUUGCUCCACUCGAUAAACUUGAGACUUUUUCCUUUCCUCUUAAGCAAGAAACUCUUACAAUAAUUUAAGAAAAUAAAAAAAAUCAACGGAAAUUAAAAAAAUAAACAAAAGAUCCUUUCGCCUUCGCCUACUCAUUCGUAGUUAUAAAUGUACACUUCUCUACAAUCUGUUCACGGCUUUUUACGUUACCCACACGGAGAAGAAUUCUAGACUGGAACGCGGCUCAGGGAUGCGCUUUGGAUUGCCCUGAAAUCUGAUUAUUUGAUCGAAUCGGGAGAUAAGCGAGGCUGUGCAGAAGGAUAUCAUCUGUUGCUUGGAGUUUGGGUUCUCUCUAGCUAUGGCCGCAUCUUCCAGUGUGGUGAUCAAGGUUAAGUAUGGUGAUUCACUUAGGCGCUUCAGUGCCCAGAUUGUUGGGGAUGAACUUAAUUUCACUAUGGAUGGAUUGCAAAAGAAGAUCCUUUCCCUCUUUAGCUUUGACGCGAAUGCCGAGUUGAUGCUUACUUAUGUUGAUGAAGAUGGUGACAUAGUGACCCUUGCCGAUGAUGAGGAUCUUCGUGAUGUGGUGAAACAGGAUUUGAACCCAUUAAGAAUUACUGUUAAAGUGAAUUCAAGUUCGAGUUCGACUCCCUUGUGGUCGCCUCGCAUUCAGCAGCCACAGCAAGAUCCGAACAGUCGUAUCUCUGAAGUUCUUAGAACACUACCAGGGCCGCUGAAGGAAACACUCAUGAAAGUAUCGGCUGAUUUGGCUUCCAAAGCAUCAUCCACUAAUCUUGUCCAACAACCACUGCAAAAUCUGAACACUGGUGUGUCUCAAAUUCUGAACACUGUACCAGAGCCUCUACGUGAGACUCUCCUGAAGCUCUCAUCUGAUCUAGCAUCCAAAGCAUCAUCCUCGGCUCCUGGUAGUAGUAUUAUGGAGCUUGUUGAUCACUUCUCAAAUUUGGGUCUGUCUUACAUGGAUCAGCUUUCACAGACUGCCCAACCUGGAGACAAUUCCUCUAUCGGCGAGGGUGGUAUUUCUCAAAGUGGCACAGCAGCAGAAGAAAAUAGGGACUCAGGCAUCUCAGCCACACCGAAAGAUGUAUCAGGUGUGAGCUCUGACAAAGAGAGCUUGGAAAAAAUAAACCCUGAGGAUGAGGUAAACGUUUACAGUGUAACUGGAGGAUCUGUUGAUCAGUCAUCUGAGAAUAUCAAUGUUGCCCAUCCUGGCAAUGUUUCUUCGCCAAAAUCAGGGAAGCCGGCUGUUACCUCGCAUAGUUCGAGAAAGAAAGAAUUGUUGGUUAAAAAGACCAUUUUGAACAAAAUAAAUGGAAAGUCUCAUUUCCUCAAUCGGCAGGCGCCUCAUGAAAAUAAUGUUGGGAAACCAGCAUCUCCUGUUAGGCCAUCUGAGUUGCCACCUAUUGCAAAUCCUUUCGGUAUCACGGAGGUCAUCGGUAACCUGGGUGAGACUAAAGUGGAUCCAAAACCUGCUGGUGUCGUUGCUGCUGAAUCUACAAAGGGAGACUGCAUUGGUAACAGGAUGAAAUCUGAUGUUUUAAAGAGCACUUCAGGCCCAUUUUCUACUGCUAGUCCUGGCCGUUAUAUCCCGGGUAUAUAUUCUGGUUCUAUUCCCACAUAUCAGUGCCCAUUUUCUGGACUGGUUAUGGGGAAUCAGACGCCUGCUUCACAAUCUGCUACUGAAAUGGGUCCCUUGGGGUGGAAUGUUAGUCAGAAUGAUUGCAGUGAGAAUAUCUUCCAUCGUGGGAUUUGUUGUGAUGGAUGUGGGGUCCACCCCAUAACUGGCCCUCGGUUCAAGUCAAAAGUAAAGGUGGACUAUGAUCUUUGCAGCAUCUGCUUUGAAGAAAUAGGAAAUAUAAAUGAUUAUAUCAGAAUGGACCGCCCAGCGGUGUACCGACCCCAUCCCCAUGUCCCCUUUAGUGGGAUGCAUGAUCGACGCAGACAGCAACAGGUUCUCAGGAGCUUUAAGGUUAAACCAGUAGCAGCAAAGCCAGACAGCCUCUUCAUUCGGGAUGUGAACAUAUUUGAUGGUACUGUUAUGGCACCUUCAACUCCAUUCACAAAAAUAUGGCGGAUGAGGAAUAAUGGGACUAUUGCAUGGCCAAAGAAAACACAACUUGUCUGGAUAGGUGGAGAUAAGAUGAGCAAUGACCUUGCUGUGGAAGUACAAACUCGUGGCCGUUAUGUUUCUUACUGGAGAAUGGCACUACCAUCGGGCGAAAAGUUUGGCCAGCGGUUUUGGGUUGCCAUUUUGGUUGAUACUUCGCUUGAAGAGUCCCCACGUGAAAGUGUUCGGAACCUGAACCUGAACCUGCCCCCUGUGAGCUCCUCAUUUACUGGGCCUGAAAUUAUCAACAUUGAGCCUGAACCGAUGGUUGAGGACAGCUCUUAUGGGGCCUCCUACAAAUCGAAGAAGUCUGAGAAAUUACCAGUGCCGCCAAAUGCAGAUCAAGAGCUGAAAUUCCCUAUAAACGACAACUUGUUGGUCGGGGACAGUGCUGCUUCAUCAAGUACUCGUCCAUCUCAGCAAAUUUCGUACCCUAUCAUUGACAUCUCUGAUAUUGCUCCACCUGUCACCUCUGUACCGGCCCCUACCACCACAUUCUAUCCGCAAAACUCAUUUGGAAGUAUUCCAGCUGUUGGCAGUGCACAGGAGACUGAGGUUGAGCUCCCGGGAAAGAUGGAGAUGGAGGAGAAGCUUCUCAAGGAACUGGAGGAGAUGGGAUUUAAGGAGGUUGAUCUGAAUAAGAGGAUGCUGAGGAUGAAUGAGUAUGACUUAGAGCAAGCUGUGGAUGAUCUCUGUGGUUAUACUGACUGGGAUCCUAUUCUUGAGGAGCUGCAGGAGAUGGGUUUUCAUGAUACUGAAACAAACAAGAUGCUGCUGAAGAAGAAUAAUGGGAGUAUCAAGCGCGUAGUCAUGGAUCUGAUUGCCGGCGAGAAGAUCGAGCAAUGUUAUGAUUGUGCCCAGUUGAAACUGGUUAUCCUAUAA